AUGGCAAUAAAUUUAUUUUAAUCCUCUACUAAUAACAUAUUCGGCCCAUUCAAUACUAAUUCGAAUAACUUUCCAACAAACAAUAACUUUAAUCCAACUGUUCCAGGCUCUUACAGAGGAACUUUCAAAUCCCAGAGAAUCACAUAUGGACUCAUGGAUGCAGAGGAUCAGAAUUCAACUUUAUACACAACCAACAUGUUCAUGCAAUAAGAAUACAAAGGAAUUAGUGCUAUUCAAAUUAGAUUAGAAGAUUAUUAUUUGAUUAGAUCACAAUAAAUUUAGGACACUCAUAAAUCACAAUUAGAGACUGCAGUGAGGAAAAACAAUUUUAAUUCUAAAUUGAUAAAAUUCACAAAUUAACAAAAUCUAAAGCCGCCUUAAUUUCAAGAUUAAAAUGAUAUUUUCAGAAGAUAAAACAACUCAUUCAACUAAUCAAAUGAUCUUUUUAAACAACCCAAUAGUUACCAAAAUAUCUUCAACAAUCCAUCGGAUAACAAUAGAAAAGACAUUUUCUCCAAUAAUUCAAAUGAUUUAUUCAAUAAAAAUAAUAAUAAUAAUCCACCCAACAUAUUUAAUGCUCCCCCCUCCAAUAACUUAUUUAAUACUAAUAACAAUUCAGCAGCCAACCUAUUUCAAUAGUAAACCAAUAAUUCAAACAACAUCUUUUAAUAAAACAAUAAUAAUAAUAGACCUUUUAAUUCAGGAAAUAACAAUAACAAUAUUUUCAAUUAGUCUACUAAUAUAUUUAGUUAAUAACCAAACAACAAUAAUAUGUUCAAUAGCUAAAACAUCUUUUCCAAUAACAAUCUCUUCAAUUCCAAUAAUUUAUUUAAUCAACCCUAAUAAAAUAUAUUUAAUCAACCUAUGAUGUUUUAGUAUCCCAAUAAUAGCAAUAUCAUCUAACCUAUAUUACAAGCACCAUUAUUAGGCUCCAUAGACUAUUUGAAAUUUUAAGAGAACUAAUUUAAAGAUUUUACUCAAUAGGUUGAUUCUCAAAUUGUGAUGUUUGAAUAAUAGAAGCAAUUGAGCUUAGAAGAAUAUGAUUGUAUGUUGAGAGAGAGUUCUAAGAUGAAUUUCGAUUAUCGAUUGUAGAAUUAAUACACUCAAAGUAUGAAAUCCUCGAAAACCUUUAAAUUGUAAAAUCAGAAAUCGUCCAAUAUGAGCAAUAAAACUAUCAGCAUUCGUUAAGAUAAAAAAACAUCUUCCACAUAUUAAGCACAUAGUUUGAAUACAGAAACUAAAAGCAUUUUCAAUAGAGAAGAUAGAAAACCCAUCUCUAAGUUUUAAGAUAAUUGUCAAUACACUGAUUCUAAGAGCGAAUUUAAAAGUUUUGUUUAGAGAGAUGAGAGAAAAUCAUAAUCAAUGUUUUGGCUUGAUAUUGAAAUUAAGUUUUUAGAAAGUGAAAAUAGUCUGACCAUUUACCAAGAAUUUUAGAUUAAAUCUAGAGUCUAGAAUGUCAAAUAAUUUGUAGAAAACCACCUUGAAAAUAUUGAAAUCUUUGGUUCAUUGUCAUAACAAUAUUUUAACAAUUGCUAAAUAUACAAUGAAAAUACUCUCGUUGUUGACAAUUCAAUCUAACUUGCUAAACUGUCAGAUCACAGAUUGAUAUUCCAUUAUUUUUAUGUCAAACUACCAAAAUUAAUUAGAGAUGGUUAUUCAUCCAAUUUGCAUGAAUGUCCUGAUCUUAAAUAAGCGUAAAACUUUAGAGUUUCAAAUAAAUUUGGCAAAAUUGUAUGGACUUAACCUAUUAAUAUAUAUUAUGUAGAUUUAGAUAAAGUCAUUGAUAUUAAGUAGGAAUCCAUCGAGGUUUAUGAUACUAAUAAAAUACAUGAAUUAUUGAAACCUGACGUUGGAGUUAAGCUCAAUACUGAAAGCUUAAUAACAUUCAAAUUUUCAAUAAAGAAUCCUUAAAUCAAUUAGAUCAAAUUUAAGAACAACUUAAUUGCUUAAGCCUAAAAAUAAGGUUUAUAAUUUAUGUCUAUUGACUUCUAAACCUUUGAAUAUACUGUGAAAUCUUUUCAUUUUAGUGGAUAUCAUUUUAAUUCUGAUUACUCGAAUACUGACAAUCAGAAUUAUUAGGAUUAACAGUAACAGGUAGAAAUGCAGACCAGUGGAGAUGGAGACAUAUUUGAAUAAGAGGAAAAUGAUUAAGAGCCUUCUGAAAUUCAAAGCGAAAUUGAACUUGAAUUGAAAUACAAAUUUGAUUUCAGUUUUUAGGAUAUGAGAAAUAAGGAGAAAUCUAUUAACUAUUAAAUUUCAAAUGAUAACAUCAAUAAAUUUAAUUCAAGACUCUCUUAAAAAAUAGUAAUUCCACUCAAUUUUGUCUAAUAAAAUCAAUAAUUGCAAAUUGAUUAGAACUUACUUUAGAAUUACUUCAAUCAUUAUCAAAAGUAGGAACAAGUAAAAAAAAGUUAAACAAUAUCCAUCUUAUUACUUGAUUGCUUAUAUUAAUGCAUAACUCCAAGUGAGGAAAUAAUAAGGUCAUUCCAAUUAUUCAACAUAUUAUUUGGAGUUCCAACUAUAGAUUUAGUUAAUUUCUUGCAAUUACAAUCAAACUAUGUGGUUUCAUUACAAGAUGUUAAAAAGAAUUCAAAAAUAAAAUAUAUAAGAGGGUUACGUUUAAGUUUAUAUUUGGAAUAAUUUAAAAUAUACUUUAAUUAAGUAGAAUAUAGAGAAUAACAGAUUAUUUAACAACAGUAAUCAGACCCUCUUUAAAAUGUCUUUAUUAGUUUAAACAUAAAACCUAAAACUCACAAUGAGAUUAAAUUAAAUAAAAGUGAUUGGAUUGAUAGAUUCACAGAUUGGAGAAUUAACAGAUCCUAAUCAUAACCAUUAUAUGAGACUUAAUGGUGGGAACAAUUAUACAAUGAAUAAAAAGAUCAUAAGAUUGUAUCAUCAUAAUACGCAGCAUUAAUAUACUUAUUACUUAAGAAGACCAAAUAGCCUAUCUCAGAAUACAAAAAACUGUUUGAGUAUUUACAUAGUAAUCUUGAUACAUAUACAAUAAUAUUGUUAAAUAUCAUGCUAAGUAAAUAGUAAGAAGUAUCGGAAUAAUUGAAAAUAAUAGGGCGAUCUGUUAUUACUAAAUUAUUGAAAUCUUCAAUGCCUAAAUAAUUGAUAUUUAGUAUUUUAGAGACUUUCAGAGAUAAGGUGUUCUAGAAGGAAGAACUAACCCGAGUCUAGUUAUUGCUUGGAAAAUUGGGAUAUUUUAAUAAUCUAGAUGGGAAAGAUAUUAAAGAUGUGGAUGCAUAGAUUGAUAAAAAAUAGUUUAUUCAAGCUGCAAAAAUCAUAAUAGAAAAGAGGUUGGAGAAUCAAUACUAUUCUAUAUUAGGUUAAACUAUAUUACCUUAUUUGGUCAUUUGUGAUUACUAUAAUGAGGGUGAUCUCAGGUUGCUGAUUAAACACAUAAUAGAUAAAAAUAAUAGAGAUGAUGAUGUUAUUAUUAUAUGCUAGAUGUAUCUAAAUGAUAAAUAGAUGAAUGAGUCAUCAAUUAUAAAAUGGGUAACAAAAAACGAGUAUCAAUAUCAUCUGAAAUAGAUCAUGCUAAAAGUAUACUCAGAUUAGUCUUGA